AUGUCUCAUCAGAAAAAGCAGCCCACUCCCUACCCGCCCGUGAGUUGCGGGAAGACCUCCGGCGGCGGCGGCGGCGGCGGCGGGGGCGGCAGCGGCGGCGGCGGCGGCUGCGGCUUCUAUAGCGGCGGCGGCGGCUCCAGCUGCGGCGGCGGCGGUGGAGGCGGCGGCUCCAGCUGCGGCGGUGGAGGCGGCGGCUCCAGCUGCGGCGGCUCCAGCUACGGCGGCAGCAGCGGCGGCGGCGGUGUCAAGCACUCCGGCGGCGGCGGCGGCCACAGCCACAUUUGCUGCGGCGGCCACUCCGGCGGCAGCGGCGGCGGCGGCGGCGGCCACACCCACAUUUGCUGCGGCGGCCACUCCGGCGGCGGCAGCUCCGGAAGCUGCGGCGGAGGCUCUGGUGGCGGCGUCAAGUACUCCGGCGGCGGCGGCGGCGGCGGCGGCUCUUCCGGGGGCGGCGGCUGCUACUCCAGCUGCGGCGGCGGCGGCGGCUCCAGCUGCGGCGGGGGCUCCUCCGGGGGCGGCGGCUCCGGUGGCUGCGGCGGCGGCUCCGGAGGGGGCGUCAAGUACUCCGGGGGCGGCGGCUCCUCCGGGGGCGGCGGCUGCUACUCCAGCGGCGGCGGCUCCUCCGGGGGCGGCGGCUGCUACUCCAGCGGCGGCGGCUCCUCCGGGGGCGGCGGCGGCUCCAGCUGCGGCGGCGGCUCUUCGGGAGGCGGCGGCGGCGGCGGCCAGCUGUACCAGUGCCACAGCUACGGCGGCGGCUCUAGCGGCGGCUCCAGUUGCGGCGGUGGCUCCAGCGGCGGCGGCUCCAGCUGCGGCGGUGGCUCCAGCGGCGGCGGCUCCAGCUGCGGCGGCGGCUCCUCGGGCGGCGGCGGUGGAGGCGGCCAGCUGUACCAGUGCCACAGUUACGGCGGCGGCUCCAGCGGCGGCUCCAGCUGUGGCGGUGGCUCCAGCGGCGGCGGCUCCUCCGGCGGCGGCUCGGGCUACUUCUCGCAGCAUUCCACCCAGAGCUCGUGCGCGCCCCAGCAGAGCUACGGCGGGGGGUCGUCCGGCUGCGGCGGCUCGUCCGGGGGCAGCGGCGGCGGCGGCGGCUGCUGCUUCUCCAGCGGUGGGGGCGGCGGCGGCGGCGGCUGUGGCUCCUCCGGGGGCAGCUCCGGCUGCGGAGGCGGCUCCUCCGGGGGCAGCUCCGGCUGCGGGGGCGGCUCCUCUGGCGGCAGCUCCUCCGGCGGCGGCAAGGGCGUCCCGGUGUGCCACCAGACCCAGCAGAAGCAGGCGCCUACCUGGCCAUGCAAAUAAGGCCCCCGGGUUACCACGGAGAAGGAGGAGCUGCAGGUGUUCUCCGUGGGCGCCCGUGGGCUUAGCGCUCUCAUGAUAUUGCACGAAGUUUCCAACUCCUUGAAGUCCCGACUCACCUAGAAGAAGCCGCUGAAUGCUCAGGCUGCAUCUUGUUCUGCGGUUUUCCUCCUUGGUUUCUGUACAACUACCUCCCGACCUCAGUGCCUCAGCAGUCAAUAAAAUUGCAAU